UGACGCCAGCGCCACGUGACGGCGACGACGAGGUCAGCUGAUAAAUCAAUUCUCGCCCAAAUUCGGAGUCUUCCCAACAUCUUGCAGCCCAAACACUCCGGUUAAAAUGUCUGGAAAAGAGAGAUUGCCCAUUUUCCCGUCGAGAGGAGCCCAGAUGCUGAUGAAGGCCAGGCUAAAAGGCGCACAGAAGGGACACAGCUUGCUUAAGAAGAAGGCAGACGCUCUGCAGAUGAGAUUCCGAAUGAUUUUGAGCAAAAUUAUUGAGACCAAAACUCUAAUGGGCGAGGUGAUGAAAGAGGCAGCCUUUUCCUUGGCCGAGGCGAAAUUCACCACCGGCGACUUCAACCAGAACAUUUUGCAGAACGUCGACAAGGCAAAGUUCAAGAUUCGCACAAAGAAGGACAACGUCGCCGGUGUGACGUUGCCCGUUUUUGAGAGUUAUCAGGACGGAGCCGACUCGUACGAGUUCACUGGCCUGGCCAGAGGUGGACAGCAGUUUGCUAAGCUGAAGAAGAACUACCACAAAGCUGUGGUCCUGCUGGUCGAAUUGGCCUCCCUGCAAACAUCGUUUGUCACCUUGGAUGAGGUCAUUAAAAUCACAAACCGCCGCGUCAACGCCAUCGAGCAUGUGAUCAUUCCGAGGAUUGAAAAGACUUUGGCCUACAUCGUGUCUGAGCUGGAUGAGCUUGAGCGUGAGGAGUUCUACAGGCUGAAGAAGAUCCAGGACAAGAAGCGCAUUGCCCGCAAGAAGGUUGAAGCUGCGAAAGCGGCGCUGCUGGAAUCGGGAGUUGUCAUAGAACAGGCGGGCAACAUGCUGGAUGACGAAGACAAGGACUUGCUGUUCUAAUCAUGUCUGAGGUAUUAUGUUGAUCAAUUUAAAGUGCAUUCCGGGUUGUGUACAGCCGUCAAAAUUCAUUUUAAGAUAUUCGUUGAAUGUGGGCUAGAUAGUAUAAAAAAUAUCAACUCGAACAAAUUUGUUGACUCGAUUUUCAUGCUAAAAUCAUGAAUGUGAAAAUUAUGUAAAUAAUAGUAGCACACAAAAUGUAUCAUAAUGUAAUUUUCGUUGUUACCUUUGUCAAAGGCAAGUUUGCCACUAGUUCAUGAAAAAUAUUGAAGAAGAAUAAAAUAAUCAAUAAUGUGUUAUGAA